AUGCAUCAGGCCGGCCUGCCUGAGCACCUUCAGAGAAAGAGAAAGGCCACCGAGAAAAGGUUCGAGCUCUCGGCCAACAAGAAGAGACUCAUAGCUGAGGACAUGGUGUCUCAGAGGUCUCAGUUUGCUGCAGAGAAGGAUUUCUGGCCUGCCAUGGAAAAGAAACACGGGCUCAGCAAGCAGACUCUCAGCAACAUACUGAGCAAGCGAGAACAGUACCAGAAACUCGCUCAGCAGCCUCUGCAGAGGAGAUCCACUAAGAACAGGCAGAGGGUGAGGGCUGGAGGGGCAGGUCGAAAGGUGCCAUACGCUGAGACCUUAGCAAGUUUGUCUCAGUGGCUGGCCUUAGAGAGAAGCUUUGGCCACACUAUCAGCAAAGCAGACAUCAUGGCUGAGUUUUCUACUCAGCUCAGAAUGGCAGCCACAAAAGACAGGAAGCUGGCUGAGGACCCAAAGCUCUCAACUUUGCAAGGUGCCAAGUAUCUCCAGGAUGCUACUGAGAAGGAGGAGAGACUCAGGAAGCUGAGUGGGAGCAAGUCCUACAGCAAAAGCUUCACUGCGAGAGUGCUGAAGUGGAUCAAUGCUAAGUACACCACGACUGAGGUCGUGAGCAACAUCUCAGCUCUUGAGAGUGAGACAAGGUGCAAGCUCACGUGGCAAGAGAUAGACCACUGCCUGUGGUUGGCAAGCCUCAGCACCUUGCCUGAGCUCUCGGCUGCUAAGGUGGUGGUAAGGCCUGAGGAGUUCAUCGCUCAGAGGCCUAAGCUGGUUUUGGGCUUCUCAGACCAGGUGCCUCUGUGGGCCAAGACCGCUGGCAAAAAGGCAGUCUUUUCAGCCUCUGAGAUGCACUUGCCUGAGCACAGAUCUGAUUUCUCAGAAGUCAGACAAGCAAUUGCUGAGGUCAUGCACGACCCCGCCCAAGCAGACAUGCUUGUAGCACCUUUUAGCACUCCUCGCACGCCUCAGAGCACACUGUCCGCAGGCAGCCAGACACCUCAGCUUGCCAAAGCAGCCAGCACUGAGUCCCUUGCAACACCAAAGAAGAAGCUCAGCUUUGACCAAGCACAGACCCCUGAGAACUCUCAGGCAGACACGGCAGCAGCAGCAGCAGAGCUUCAGACAAGCAAGGACGCAGCAGCUGAGGCACAGCCAGAGGCAAACCAAGCACAGACCCCUGAGAACUCUCAGGCAGACAAGGCACGAGCUGCCCUGCCUCAGGCCGGCAGCUUGACAACACAAGGCUUCUCAGCUGCGGACAGGUACCGCAUCACCUAUGAGGCCAGACAAGUCCUUUUCGAGGUCUGUGCUGAGAGCACCACUGAGAUCAAAGGCCACGUGGCUAAGGGCCUCUUAGUGGUUCCUGGUCAGUGGGCCAGGCUCAGCAACAUCAGUGCUGAUGGCAAGUGGAUCCAGACUGAGACCUUCCAAGUCGGCAGUAAGACCGUCACUCACUCAGCUGGAGCCUCAGCUGGACGAGCUCUUGAGUCCUACAGAAAGCUAAGGGCUAGCCACCCUGAGCUUGUGGCUGAGGUUGACAUUAUGUCUCAGCCUGCAGCCAACGUAGACUCAGUCAUUUUGAGCUGGGUACUGCAGGCUCAAGCUGAGGAGUUCCCCUGCUCAGUCUGGCAGAGAGACUGCUUCAGCUCUGUUUUCUCAGCCUCUGCGACUGAGUCCAUGGCAGCUGCUCAGCAGAUCAGUUGCUUGGUGGCUGCUAAGUGCACCAGCAAGCUUCAGAUCACUGACUCCGACUUCGCUAAGCAGUUUAAGUCCUUUGUCAGAAAGAAGCUGGUUGAGCUCAGGACUGAGUUUCAGGCCUCCAGACGGGACUUGACUGAGGUGUGGCGAGUCGGAGCAAAGGAGCUGGUCACUGCCGUGGUGUGGGCUCAGCAGAAAAUGAGGGACAAAAACCUCUAUGAUGAAUGGGUCCUCAGGGCUGCAGUAAGAAACGGCCUCCUGGUGUGGAGGCCCAACCUUCAGACAGGCCAACUUGAGGAGCUGACUUCUCAGCCUUGGGCUAAGGAGUUAGGACUUGAGAUGGGCAGUCGAAGGUUCCCAGUCGCCUGGCUCAGCGACAGGCUCAAGUGGCUCAGUGAGGGCAAGCCUAAGGUCCCUGACUGGGAUCUGAGCCACACGGCAGCCAACAUUUCAGAGCUGCAGAGGUGGGACUACUACAACCCUGAGGAGGAUGCUGAGAAUGAGGUGGAUGAGCAACCUGACUUAGACUGUGACUUCGCAGCUGAGCUGGAGUUGCCUUUGCAGAACAGCCUCAACUUGAGAAUCCAUCCACGACUCAGGAGAGCAGCCUUGAGGAGAGCUGUUGCAGAGCAGGAGAAUGCAAAGACUCUAGGUCGCAAGCUUGACAGAAGGCCUGAGAGAAAGGAGAGGGCAUCUGACAGGAAGGAGUUGAGAGGCAAGCUGGUGCAGGCACUGAGAAGCAAGCUUCAGGGCCACAGCAGAGCCGAGCUCUUGCAGUCCAUAGUGCCACACGUGAAGCCUAAGGGUGUGAAGCUCAGCUCUGUCAGCAAGCCUUCAGCAAAGAACAAGCCUUCAGCAAAGAAGAAGGCUUCCCUCAAGCUCAAGCCUUCAGCAAAGAAGAAGGCUGCUAAGAAGCACCUGGCGAAGCAACUUGCAGACAAGGAGAUGCCUACGAAGAGGGUUAAGGGCAAGCAAGCACCUCAGGGCAAGUUUGAGGACCACCCUCCACUCCCUCCGCCAAGUCAGCCUCCAGCUGACGGCAAAGCCACUGACUACAGCAAGGGCAGGUACUCAGUCCUGACGACCUCAGGUGUUCACAGCAUUGCAGAGGAGCACUUGGCUCUGCUAAGCAGCAGACCCAACACGAAGCCAUUCAGCUGGCCAACCUUCAGGUCUCUCGGCAGAGGCGACUCCCAGGGCAUGCUGAAGGCCUUGUUCUGCUGGCCUGAGCUCUACAGCACUGACACCGAGACAGACGAGAUCAACUGCCAUGUCUUGCUGGUGGAUGAGUUCAAAAACCGUAAGCUGCUCGAGGACCAGUCCCUGUGGCUUGGCUGGCAACUGCUCAGAUGGGGCUUGAGCAAAGCCGGGCUUUCCUUGCCUGAGGACUUCAGGUGCACCUGUGUGGACCCAGGCUUGCCCUACCUCCUGACUCAGCAGGGUGAGGACGGGCCACAAACUGAGUCCAGGAAAGCCUUCCUCAAGCGAACAGCUGAGCACUUUGAGCUCAUCUUCGUGCCAAUCUUUGCCUCCAACCACUGGACUUUGCUGGUUGCCCAGAAGGACCGCAGUGAGCAGACUCAGGGCUUCAAAUGGAGGAUGUAUGACUCCAUGGCUAAGCCCUCGGAAGCUACUGUGCGGACUCAGGUCAUGAUGGGAACCUUGUUAGACCCCGAGUUUCAGAUGCCUGAGAAAGCCAACACUGAGCUUCAGGAGACAGGCUCCCUGACAUGUGGCUUCUUUGUGCUCACCUGGAUUGAGCAGGAACUCAGGGUUUUCAGAGGUGAGUGGCUCACCACCUGGGUACACUUCACAGUGAAGUGCUGGAGAGAGAGGCUUGGCAAGGCUCUCAGCUUGCUCAAGAAAGAGCUUGGCCUCAGAGAAGCUGAGCUUGCGAGCAUGACUGCCAAGCUUGAGAAGCAGACCUUAGAGGCUGUGGCCAGGGUGUCCAAGGCUGAGAAGAGCCUUGAGAACACGAAGAACAAGACCUCAGCCUUGGCUUUAGCAGCUAAGGCUGCUGUCCAGAAGUACCAAGACAGGUUCACUUGGCAGUCCCUCUCUAAGGAGACAAAGGCUAAGGAGACCUGCAAAAGCUUCUCCUUGAGAACAGCACCUGAGCCUGACUGUCAGGCCAAGACAGGAGGCUUGCAGCACCUGAGCCUGACUUUCAGGCGACCUGCAGUACCUGAGCUUGACUUUCAGGCCGAGACAGGACACUUCCAGCACCCGAGCCUGAGUUUCAGGCUGAACAGAGCAGGUUUUAUAGAUGGUUAG